AUGAGGCUGGUAAUGAUUAGGUUUGGGGAGAAGAGACAGGGUAUUGUGUGGGUAUUUGCGUGUUUUCAUAAGUACAGAUUGCAAAGUAGGGGUCCAGUGGAUUUGAUCAGUCCCACAGAUGUUUUAGCACCCUCAGUGCAUUUUGGGGGAGGGCUGUCCAUCAGUUUCCAAGGCGUCUGUGAUCCCAGAAUAGUGGGUGUUGCUGAUGUCCGAGAGAGGCAGUACGGCACUGAAAGCACUGAGGGCGACUGCGUGUCUGUGGGGCUGGGCAGGUCGAGUGUGAGACUGGAGACUGCAAACAGGGAACGCGUCCAUGUCUGUUUAUGGGCAGCUCGGGGAAGGGCAUUCAGCGUGGAAUCCUCAGAGGCAAGGCCUGGACGAGAGGAGUGGGAGCCGAUAGAAAUCGAUGGCUCCCUGCCAAGUCUCUCCACCCUGCUGGUUUUUACUCUGUCUUACUUGGUAUCUCUCUGUGCAGGGGCCUUGAACAUCUGUGAAGAAAUAACUAUCCUGCAUGGGGGCUUCUUGCUGGCCGAGCAGCUGUUCCACCCCAAAGUAUUGGCAGACUUGGCAAAGUCUGACUGGGAACAUGUUGGGAGGCCCAUUGUGGAGGCCUUGAGGGAGAUCUCCUCAGCCACUGCACAUUCCCAGCCCUUUGCCUGGAAGAAGAAAGCUCUGAUCAUCAUCUGGGCCAAGGUUCUUCAGCCCUGCCCUGUUAGCCCUUCUGACACUGAAACUCGGUGGCAGGAAGAUGUGUUCUUCUCAGUGGGCAACAUGAUCCCUACUAUCAAUCACACAGUUCUUUUUGAGCUGCUCAAAUCCCUGGAAGCUUCUGGACUCUUUAUCCAGCUCCUGAUGGCCCUGCCUACCACGGUCUGCCGCACAGAACUAGAGCGCUUUUUGGAGCACAUGACUACUGACACUUCAUCCAAAGAUGUGGCCUUCUUCCUCGAUGUCUGGUGGGAGAUGAUGAAACACAAGGGCAAUCAACAGGACCCCCUGCUUGCCCAGUUUAGAAUGAUGGCCCAUAAGUACUUGCCCUCUUCAGAUGAGUUCUCCCAUCCUCCAAAGAGGUUCAAGUCUGACCCAGAUGUGUGUCCUACCAUGCCUCUGUUGGCAAUGCUGCUUCAUGGGCUGAAGCAAAUCCAGAACAGCAUCCAGUGCCUCGGAAUGAAGUGCUGUGCAUUAGCCAACCUGGCUGACAUGCUAACCGUGUUUGCACUGAUGGAGGACGACCCCCAGGAAGUGUCUGCCACUGUAUACCUGGACAAACUGGCCACAGUGAUCUCUGUGUGGAAUUCGGACACUCAGAACCCAUACCACCAACAGGCGCUGGCAGAGAAAGUAAAGGAGGCAGAGCGGGAUGUCAGCCUCACCUCACUGGCCAAGCUCCCAAGCGAGACCGUUUCCCUGGGCUUUGAAUUCAUGCGCAGCUUGCUGCGGGAGUGGGGGGAGGAGCUGCAGGCCAUGCUCAACAGCAGCCGGGGGACCAGUUACGACAGCUACCGGCUAUGUGACAGCCUGACUUCCUUCAGCCAGAACUUGAAGCUCUACCUGGAUACCACCAGCUUGUCCAAGGAGGAGAGGCAAGGGGUCACUGAGCUGGCAGAGAACGUCAAGGACUUCCUGAGGAAGACGAGCCGAGUGCUGAAGAACAAGAGCUUUGAGGACAUCACGGCCUCGAUUGCCAUGGCCAUUAUUGAGCAAAAGAUGGAUCGGCAUAUGGAAAUGUGCUACAUUUUUGCUUCUGAAAAGAAGUGGGCCUUCUCGGAUGAGUGGGUAGCCUGCCUGGUGAAUAACAGGGCUCUCUUCCAAGAACCAGACUUGGUGUUAAAGCUGCUGGAAACGGUGAUAGAAGUCAGCACAGCUGACAGAGCCAUCCCUGAGUUGCAGGUGAAACAAGUGAUUGGCUUGAUUCUGGAAUGUUAUGCAGACCUUUCACUGCCAGAUAAAAAUAAAGUCCUCUCAGGUGUCCUGCAUUCCUGGGGGCAGAAGGGCCUCUCUGGAAAGCUGCUGGCGUACUUGGAGGGUUUUCAGGAAGACCUCAACACCACUUUUAACCAGCUUACACAGAGUGCCUCUGAACAGGGCUUGGCUAAAGCGGUAGCUUCUGUCGCCCGCCUGGUGAUAGUACACCCAGAGAUCACAGUGAAGAAAAUGUGCAGCAUGGCUGUGCUCAAUCUUGGCACUCACAAGUUCCUGGCUCAGAUUCUCACUGCCUUCCCUGCCCUUAGGUUUGUGGGAGAGCAAGAGUCAAGUUCAUCCACCACCUUCAUGGUGUCAUGCCUCAAAGAAGCCAUCUGGACAAAAUUCUCUACACCCAAGGAAGAAAGGCAGUUUCUCGAACUCCUGAGCUGCCUGUUGAAUCCUGUGAAGCCCCAAGGGAUCCCAGUCGCUGCUCUCCUUGAGCCAGAUGAGGUGCUGAAGGAGUUUGUCCUGCCAUUCUUGAUGCUAGAUGUUGAAGAGGUAGACCUCAGCCUGAAGAUCUUCAUCCAGACCCUAGAAGCAAGUGCAUGCUUAGAGGAAUACUGGCUCCAGACCUGCUCCCCAUUCCCCCUCAUCUUCAGCCUGUGCCAACUCCUGAAUGGCUUCAGCAAGUACUGGCAGCUCCCCCGAGAGAAGCGGUGCCUCUCUUUGGAUCGGAAGGAUCUGGUGAUCCACAUCCUGGAGCUCCUUUGUGAGAUCGUGUUAGCCAACGCUGAGACCUUCUCCCCAGAUACCUGGAUCAAGUCCCUGUCCUGGCUCCACCGGAAGUUGGAACAGCUAGACUGGACUGUGGGGCUGAGACUGAAGAGCUUCUUUGAGGGCCACUUUAAGUGCGAGGUGCCAGCCACACUUUUUGAGAUCUGUAAGCUUUCUGACGACGAGUGGACCUCCCAGGUGCACCCAGGGUACGGGCCAGGCACAGGGCUUCUGGCCUGGAUGGAGUGCUGCUGCAUCUCCAGCAGCAUCUCCGAGCAGAUGCUAUCUCUCUUGGUGGUAGAUGUGGGCAAUCCUGAGGAGGUCAGAUUGUUCAGUAAGGGCUUUCUGGUAGCCCUGGUACAGGUCAUGCCCUGGUGCAGCCCCCAGGAGUGGCAGUACCUUCACCAGCUGACCAGGAGCCUGUUGGAGAGACAGCUCCUACAUGUCCCUUACAGCCUGGAGUACAUUCAGUUUGUUCCCCUGCUCAACCUGAAGCCCUUUGCCCGGGAGCUCCAACUCUCCAUACUCUUCCUGAGAGUUUUUCAGUUUCUCUGCAGCCAGAGUUGUCAUAAUUGGCUUCCUGUGGAAGGCUGGAACCACGUGGUCAGACUCCUCUGUAACAGUCUGACCAACCUUCUGGACUCAGUUAGGUUGAUACAGUCAGUUGGCCCUUGGGCCCAAGGACAAGAACAGGACCUGACCCAAGAAACCCUGUUUGUUUACACCCAGGUGUUCUGUCAUGCACUGCACGUUAUGGCCAUGCUCCACCAAGAGGUCUGUGAACCACUCUACGUUCUGGCCUUGGAAAUCCUCACCUGCUAUGAAACCCUGAGCAAGGCCAACCCUUCUAUUAACUCUUUGCUCCAGAAGGUAAAUGAGCAGCGUUUCUUAAAGUCCAUUGCUGAGAACAUUAGCCCUGAGGAGCGGCGUCAAACCCUGCUGCAAAAGAUCAGCAACUUCUGAACUUACCAGCAGUUUCUGACCUUUGCAGGUCAGAAAACUGGGCCUCCACAUGGUGGGUCUGUAAGGGCUCGAGCUGAAAAGCACACAUUACAGUUAUGUGAAACUGUACAAAGAUAAAACAUCUAUGGCAAUAAUGAUGUAAAGAAAAUAGUUUCUUAGGUAUUUGUAACAUACAAACUGUAAUACAAUUCUCUCUUCACCUUGUCUCUUGACUUUUUCUCGGUAGCCAGUGGUUAAAUGUGGUCUGAAAUUGGGUUUAGAGUCUUCAGGGUCAAAUCCUGCUGGGAGGAACAUGUUCAUACCUAGACUCCCCGCCCCCUGCCCAGAUUUUGGCAAAUAAGCCCAAACACAAGUAAAACCCCCCCUCAGUAGAAAAAACAUGACAAGGUAUGUGGGUUAUUUUACAUCAAGACCCUCUUCAGGAGUCACUUCAACAUUUAAAUAUUUUUCAUGAGGUAUCAGAAAGGGCAGCGACCUGGAAAAGAG